AUGAGGCUGCAAGAAUAUGAUUUACUGGACGAAGAUGAGGAGAUUGGCGAUGGCAGUGGCUAUGCAGCUGAAUGUAUUCGUGAGCCACAUUCUGAUAACGCCGAAGCCGAUUAUAUUCGAAAAUUGUUAAAUAAGGGUGACGCUAUUGGAAGCAACCGCCCACUGGAUAGGAACCAGUCGUUAGUAAAGCCACGUGGUGGCGCAGCAAAAUUGUUAAAUAAGGGUGGCACUAUUGGAAGCAACCGCCCACUGGAUAGGAACAAGUCGUUAGUAAAGCCACGUGGUGGCGCAGCAAAAUUGUUAAAUAAGGGUGGCACUAUUGGAAGCAACCGCCCACUGGAUAGGAAUCAGUCGUUAGUAAAGCCACGUGGUGGCGCAGCAAAAUUGUUAAAUAAGGGUGGCACUAUUGGAAGCAACCGCCCACUGGAUAGGAACAAGUCGUUAGUAAAGCCACGUGGUGGCGCAGCAAAAUUGUUAAAUAAGGGUGGCACUAAUGGAAGCAACCGCCCACUGGAUAGGAACCAGUCGUUAGUAAAGCCACGUGGUGGCGCAUCAAAAUUGUUAAAUAAGGGUGGCACUAUUGGAAGCAACCGCCCACUGGAUAGGAACCAGUCGUUAGUAAAGCUACGUGGUGGCGCAGCAAAAUUGUUAAAUAAGGGUGGCACUAUUGGAAGCAACCGCCCACUGGAUAGGAACCAGUCGUUAGUAAAGCCACGUGGUGACGCAGCAAAAUUGCUAAAUAAGGGUGGCACUAUUGGAAGCAACCGCCCACUGGAUAGGAAAGAGUCGUUAGUAAAGCUACGUGGUGGCGCAGCAAAAUUGUUAAAUAAGGGUGGCACUAUUGGAAGCAACCGCCCACUGGAUAGGAACCAGUCGUUAGUAAAGCUACGUGGUGGCGCAGCAAAAUUGUUAAAUAAGGGUGGCACUAUUGGAAGCAACCGCCCACUGGAUAGGAACCAGUCGUUAGUAAAGCCACGUGGUGGCGCAGCAAAAUUGUUAAAUAAGGGUGGCACUAUUGGAAGCAACCGCCCACUGGAUAGGAACCAGUCGUUAGUAAAGUCACGUGGUGGCGCAGCAAAAUUGUUAAAUAAGGGUGGCACUAUUGGAAGCAACCGCCCACUGGAUAGGAACAAGUCGUUAGUAAAGCCACGUGGUGGCGCAGCUAAAUUGUAA